AUGAGCAAACUGCCGCAGCUCAGCUCCUUCCUGUCGCAGCGGCUCGGCGCGCUGCUCCGGGACGUCCUGGACGUGGUGGAGGACGCGGUGACCGAGUACCGGGAGGAGGCGGCCAGGACCCGGCGGGAGAACGACAGCCUGCGGAGACAGCUGCGGGACAUCCUGCUGCUGGGGACCGACACCGACUGGCUGAGAUCCAGGUCCAGUCUCGGUUUGGAGGCUCCUGAGCAGCAGCUCACGGAUCCGGAUCCGAGGCCGCGCUCAGAGGAGCCAGACUCCUCCCUGAAGCAGCCCCGCCCGCCGGCUCCUCCCUCAGCGAAGCAGCCUCACGAGCACAUCGUGUCCGUGCAGCUGCUUUCCGUCCAGAACAGAACGCCCCCCAGGAAGAUCCUCCUCCCCAGGAACCAGGACCCCGCUGAGGCCUGGGAGCCAGAGCUGAAGCCCGAUCCUCAGCAGGAGGAGAGCAGCCAGGCGUCACCACGUCCUCGAGACUCCACCUUCAAUCUUCCCUCCGCCUCCGCCGCCAAAAACCACGUUGAGAUCCCAGCGUGCAGAGACGAGCCACGAGUUCCUGCUGAGAUCAAAACGGAACCUCAGGAGUUCAGCGUGAGUGAAGAUGAAGGUCACACAGAGUCUGUGACAGCGGUGUCACACGCUCACAUCACACAGGACGGGUCGAAGCCCAGAACCACAGACACAGACCGGGCAGGCCGACAUGAAGCUCAUGGAAACAAGAAGCCCUCUCAGGAGAGGUUAACGGCUCCAGCUGAGGAUGGAGCACUAGCUGGUUAUAACUCUGAGCUCAUCCACCGCUGCCCCCGCUGUGGCGAGGCGUUUGGCCAGGCUAACAGUCUCCGCCUCCACCUGGAGCAGAGACAAAAGGCCUACGCCUGCGACUGGUGCUGCAAGUCCUUCGCGCAGUCGGCCGACCUGCGGCGCCACCUGCGCACACACACGGGCGAGAGGCCGCACUGCUGCACCUUCUGCUCCAAGAGCUUCAGCCAGCGAGGAAACCUGCGGCGCCACCUGAGGAUCCACACGGGCGAGCGGCCGUACAGCUGCCCGUUCUGCUGCCGCACCUUCAGCGACGGAGACACCAUGAAGAAACACAAGCGCACACAUUCAGGAGAGAAACCCUACCGCUGCGUCCGGUGCUCCAAGACCUUCACCACGGCCAGCGGCCUGCAGAUUCACUUAAAGAAGGACAUGUGCUUCGUGGCCAACGCCUGAUUGGACAGGAGGAAGUGAUGCUGCUGGGACGAGGCGUGUGGCUGCAGCCGGAGGGGGGGGGGGAAUGCACGCCGCUGAAAACAAAACCCUCUGUGCAGAUGAGAUGUUUCCUGUUGUGUUUUCCUAGACACACAAACACAUCAGUCUUCAUUGGUUUGUUUUCUGCCUCCUUCUUGCACGAGCGUCUGACUUGGGAACUCGUCUGAUUGGUUGAAAGGACAGAUCAGGCAGCCAAUGAGUGACCAGGAGUCAUUUCUUUGCGUUGCUGUGGAUCGGGACGAGUUGUGCGUCUCGGCAGCUUCACAGCUUUACUGACUGAUGUUGUUCAAGCCUUUGUGUUAAUUUAUUUAUAUUUAUUUUUUUAUGUCAACUAAACCCUGGAGAGGACGAUUCAGCUGAAAUGAAAAGUGAUUUGAAGGAAAAAAGUUUGACUGUAACUUGAGAAUCGAGGAAUAUUUCACAUUUUCUUUCUCACGACUGAAACGGACGGAAUCUGUUUCUGUUUCUCCUCAGAAAUGAAUCUGUGUAAACGAGGAUCGACGGUAACGUCUCUUUAACUCUGUGUUAGUAGAAGAAAUCUUUCCUAUAAACAGGAAGACCUCACUGUGAACUCAGCUAUUUUUUUCUUGGAACAUCAGUAACUAUAUCUGUUCUGUAUUAGGGAUUUUAUCAUUAUGAAUACAUUUCUCUGGGUCUGAUCACGAUUUGUUAGAGUAAAACUAACAUGAACUGGGAAACAGCAGAGUGACCACUAGAGGUCAGUGGUGUCCCUAAUAUAAUAUUGACUCAUAAUACAGACAGGGUGCGUGUGUGUGCGUGAGUGUGCGUGAGUGAGUGUGCGUGCGUGAGUGUGAGUGUGUGUGCGUGCGUGCGUGCCGUCUUCACGCUGAUGAAGUCCUGCUUCUGGCUGCUGCUAAGUUAAGAUGAAUAUUAUUUAUUUUGUCAGAGUUGGACGACUGUGAAGACACAUGAAGGAGUCACAGUGUGAAUGUGUCCAUCGUCUCUGCAGAUUGUCUCAUUAUGAAUAUUUUGUAAUCAUGUAAAACAUUUUGGGUUUUUAGGCAAAAUAAAUGUUGAGUGAAACGUG